AUGGCCCCGAUUACUCCCACGCUUCCCGAGUCAUUCUUCAGCUCUGUCCUAAAUGCGAAGGACACGGCGACUAAAGUGCGAUGGUACAUGUGUGUUAUCGUCAACCUCUCCUCUCUGAACUACGCCGAUGUUAUUCCUCAAGUGUACUCGCACCUGGAAGCAAACCUCCUCGCUGGAUUAUCGCAUGAUGAUCAGUUCAAAGCGGUUCAACAGAUUCAAGAGGGUCUAGUAAAGUCUCUUGGCAUUGCUGGAGCUGCUAGAACUGGGAACGGCCUUCGCGUGUUUGCGAAAUGUACUCCGGGGGGCCUGCUGGUCAAGGAGUCACUCAGGUUGCAGGAGACUGAGGCAACAGCCAUCAGACGAGGCAAGAAAUUCUUCAGCAGAGUCUAUGACAAGAAUCCACUAUUCAAGCCCGAGGUCACCGCACGGGCUAGUCCGGAUUAUUGGUUCAUAGUCAAAGACAUCAUAUAUGGCAGACUGUUUUCAUUUGAUGCUAUCCUCGACGAUCUGACAUCGGCAUAUGCUAUGGUGUCUGCACUUUACGGAAUGAAUUCCCCUGACCAACUGCGGAACCAUAUGAUUGGCAUGCAGCUGAACGGGGCAGACAAGCAAAGCCUGCAAGAACUUCAAGAUUUGUUGCUGGGUUUGGGGGAUAUUCUAGGGGUCAAAUUUAGAUUCGAUCGAGUACCGAUCCCAGAUGUGCCUAGCCAAGCCUGUUCAUAG